GUUCUACCCGAGCCCUGGUGUCACUGCACACUGGUGUCAUCAAGCAGCGACUAACGUGUUGACGGCGAAUCAAACCAUCACAAAGAUACCUUGUGGUCCAUAACAUUUUGUUAAUUAUAUUAAUUCAGACGCCGAAUAAUUGGAUAUUAAGCAAUUACAAGCAAGGCUUUCGUUUGGGAUCCUAAGACUCCUCCUUCCACUCAGCUACUAGAAUGAAUCAUCUUCUGAGAAAGAGGCUUCCUGCUUCUGUGCGGAGUCUUCUGACGGACAUUGGCCCUAAAGAAGAGUCUCUCUGCAGCGAAUGGACAGACUCUGAACCGGAAACCAUAUGCAACGAUGGGAUUCUCCUUCCCUCCAGAAAGACGAACAGCAACGAAGAAUUUCUCACCCCAGCCAGCACACAUCAGCACCACAAUGAACUCACUACUGAUAGUAGUAACACGAACCAAGGCACAGUGUGCGGAUUGUGCAAGUCAAAGCCUUCCUGCUACACCUGCCCUCGAUGCAACAUGCCCUACUGCUGCCUUGUGUGCUAUCGGAGUACGGAUCACAUCUUGUGUUCUGAGGAGUUCUACAAACAGUCUGUUUUACAGGAGCUGAAGGACAUGGGCGAGUCGGCUGCUGGCAGUAGAAAGAAGAUGCACGACAUUCUGCUGGGACUCAAACAGAAGGCAGAAGAGACGGACGGAGGCAUGGGGAAUGCUUUCAGAGAGGAUGGUUUAGACUCGGAUGAUCACGAACAUGGACAGGCAGAGAUAUUGGAGCUGCUCUCUAGGUUAUCUAAGUUUCAGCAGUCAGGGUCAGGCGACGAAGGAGAAAUAGCUGGUAUUUUAAGAAGACUGGAAGAAAUUGGUGAAAUGGAUGAUAAAAAUGCAGAGCUGCUGGGUUCAGUCAGUGUUGGAGACAUAGCUGAUGAGCCUGAAGAAGGGCAGAACUUAGCUGACAGACUGUCAGGGUUAGAUAUUGACUCGCUCUCUGAGGAGGCAAUGUGGGAACUUCUGAACAGCCAGGAGAAGGAGAGGUUUUUGGAUUUGAUGAAGGGUAAGGAGCUGGAGCAGCUGGUGCCCCUGUGGAGGCCAUGGUGGGAGGCGCAUGAAGAGGUAGGGGGGUCCAAGGUGGAGGUUUUGGGGGUGGAGGAGAACAUUGAUGGACAGAUAGAGGGGGUUUCAAGCUGUGACACAACCCAAAAGACCAAAGAGGGGUUGGAUAUUAUAGACAAUUCGGCCUUAGAACCAGUUCUGAUUGGGAUUGAAAACAAAAAGGAUGGGCAAACGAAGAGAGAUGAACAUGCAAUUUUACCAGCUUCCACAGUUCCUCCAAUUUCUGCCAAGAUCCAAAUGCUUAGUUCUCUAUCUUCAAAUCCAUCUCCUCUUGUUUGCUAUGGAUUGGUGAAUGCCCUUUUUGGCUAUACCUUCACUCUGACCUUGUUCAACGGAGAUGUUGAUUCAUUGAACCAUGAGGUGUGCGAUGCGAUCCUAGAUGUGUCCGAGGCCUUGAACUCAAACAAGAUUUUUGAAAGUGUUCAGCAAGCCUUAGAAUCUGGGGAGGCUGCCACGUUGGCAGGGGGCUACUUUGAUAGGGAAGACCCCUAUGCUAAAGACCGGGCAGUCGAGGCAGUAGCACACAUUAUGACUGGAAGAAGUAGACAGGAUGCUAUUGGCUACUGCCUGGCAGCCUUCAGUCAGCUCCGCACAGCGCUGUCAAAGGCGAAAGCCACCCUGCCAAAGGGGGAGCUGGAGGAGAAGAGGCGGAAGUACUUUCUUGCAGGGAAGAAAUGUGAAUUCUAUCAGGCCUGGGUGUCCGAAAAUGGGCCACAUUUGCGUUCUUUGGCCAUUGGGCUUUGGCAGGAGCACAGUGACAGAAUGAACCGAAGAGAAAACCUGGAAAGAGAAACGAGAGCUGUUGAGGCUAGCUGGAAGAAAGGGAAGAGGAAGGGCAAUGGCCCCUUGAUUAAAGAAAUAAAUUGAUUUCACAUGCUCACUUGUUCAUUAAAAGAUACUGUACACACAUGGUUUUAAACAAUGUAUAUUUCAAAUGGUUGAAUAAAAUAUGACACUUGC